AGAUCCACACUAAACAGUGUUACAGAAAACCAGAAGCGAUGGUUGGUCUUUGGAAUUGCACUGAGCAAAGUUCUAGUUUCCCAAAUACGCCCUUUUGUAGAAACAGAAAUCCGAAACGAAUAUGGCAACCUUCAAACUAGCCACGGCAUUCAUGCUCAGAGCACAUCAGGGCGUCUUAAGCAUUGGCUAAUGCCCUUGAAGUAUGAGAACAUCAAUGGUAAUGCUGGAAUUCCUAAACUGUCUCGUGGAAGGUAUGACUUUUCUAAGUUUGAUUGCCGAGUGAUGUCACAUGUUGACUUUGCUAAGUUGUAUGUGGAGAAUCACAUGGCUAAAUUCAAUGCAUUUGAUGAGUGCUGUGAUGCAUCAGCUGUCCUUGCACUGCUUGGCAGAGUCCCAGUGUUCUCUGUUGAUGUACAAAGAGCAGCAGGUGCUGUAAGAGGGGCUAGGAAUGCCUGGGCGCACUGUGUAUUCCAUGAAUGGAGUCUUGUGAAUUAUCAAAAAAACUUUGCUGCUAUGGAACAGCUUGUUAAGAAACUUGGCCUUCCAGGUUCCAGUACAAACAACCUUUUAACAGAGCUAAAAGAUUGGGAGGACAAAGGUAUCUUCUUUUAUUUAUAUUACAUUUAUUUUCUUUAGUUGUUAUUAUUAGUGUACUUGUGUUUAGAGGUGCACAAUAAUUUAACACCCUUGCAAAAAUUUUAAAAAGAAAUCAAGUUUAAAUCUACUAUCACAGUGUUAAGUACCCAUCGUAUGCAAAAUAAUAGUUAGUGAUGUAGUGUAAAAUGAAUAGUUGAUUGGUGUGAGUAAUCAUGCAAACAGCUAAAUGGAUGGUUCAAACUUGCUUGAGUGGGUAGUCAGAUGUAGAUUGAGAGCCUUGAACUUUCACUGACACUUCCCCAGGAAUGAGAGGUGCUUAUCAUGGGUAAAGGUCUUGACUUGGUGUUGAUAAUUCUUCUGAUGUUUGUCAAAACAUAAUAUCUAUGGUUAGCAAAGUGUUGCUAUAUGAUGACAACUCAUGUAACCAGUGCAUGUAUCACAUGGAUGGCAUUUGUAAUAUACAUUGUUAGGGUUGUCGGUAGCAUUUGGAAGUACCGGAUGUAGUGGUUCAGCUGGCGGACGUGCAUCGUUCGUGCCACUGACCCGAAAGUUGACUACCAGGGGCACAAACUCCUAGUCACUGAAUGUCAAGUUCGUUGCGUUUGUGUUUUGUUUUCUGUGGCGAAAUCAAUGUUAAUAAUGGGUAGCUGUGUUCGUUUCUGUGGCCCUAACAUAUUACUUCGCACUAAGUGCAGCGAAGGUUCCCUUAGUCAGUGCUCUAGAGUCAGUUACCUCCUUUCUCCACCAUAGUUGCCGACGUGUCUUCACAGUUUUCUGCGUCACAACUGUGUAACAUGAUCGUUUUGGCCGCGCACUAAAUGAGGACACUUUUGGGCCGCCAAAUGGUAUUUUCAAUGCGUAAAAAAAUGUUCAAGGAGAACUCGCUAGGCGCUGAGGUCGAUGAUCUCAAAUUUCAAAUACAACUAUUUAUUAGAAAACGCAAAAAAAAAUUCAUAUCAUAAUUAUCACUCUUUGCUAUUCUGGCAAAUAGGGUGAUAUCAAUGACCAGUUCUGUAGUGAUUCAUGUUUCAAUCAGGUGAAAUUGAUUGACAUCAGUCUUGGAUACUUCAUGCUCAACACACGGCGGUUCCUAGCAACCUUCUUUUUCACUAAAGCUAGUAAUUUUAACCGUGCUCAUCUCCAAUAGAUGAAAAAGGAAAAAUGACAAUUUUUCUAGAUCUUGGCCAUGUUCUAAAUUGAAACAGCACAGCCUGCUAAUUUAACUUUUAUUUCAGGCACGAUUCUUUGUAUGAACGCAACCAUGGACCCUGAUUUGUUGAAGUUGGUACAACAACACGUUCAUGAUCUGAUGACAGAUGUAGAAAAGCUGACGUUUGAGGUGCAAGAGGACAGAGAACGUGUCUCACUGGCACUAGCACAAAUUUUAUCAAAUCUAGAGGAAAUGGAAACAAGACUUGAUCGGAUGCAGGUCGAGCAAGAAGCCAUCAAACGAGAUCUGUCA